AUGGAUCACGAUCCUUUCAGAUGGGGGAGACCUAACGAUGCCACUUAUGGUAAAUACAACAAUCAAAUUGCCAAUGCUACUGCCAUGCCAAAGAUGAAUACUCAACAACCAAUUGUCACAGGUACUUCAGUUAUAGCUAUAAAGUUCAAUGAAGGUAUAGUGAUUGCAGCUGAUAACUUGGGUUCAUAUGGUUCAUUAGCAAGAUUUACCGACGUGGAAAGAUUAUUCCCAAUUGGUGAAAAUGCAGUUGUUGGUAUAAGUGGUGAUAUUUCAGAUUUACAAUAUGUUGGUAGAAUUUUAGAGGAUUUAGAAAUUGAAGAGAAUUAUGAUUCAGAUGGUCAUUCAUUAAGAGCUAGUCAUAUACAUGAAUACUUGCAAAAAGUUUUCUAUCAUAGAAGAUCUAAAAUGGAUCCAUUAUGGAACUCUGUUAUCGUUGCCGGUGUUGACGAUGAUAAACCAUUCUUAAAAUAUGUUGAUUUAUUAGGUGUGACUUAUUCUGCACCAACUUUAGCCACUGGGUUUGGUGCUUAUCUUGCAAUUCCAUUAUUAAGAAAAGUUGUUGAUAAAGAGGAAGAUGUUGCCAAUAUUGAUGAAGAAACUGCACAAAAUGCAGUUAAAGAAGCCAUGAAGGUGUUAUACUAUAGAGAUGCCAGAUCAUUGGAUAAAUAUUCCAUGGUUACCAUUUCAAAAUCCAAAGGUGUUGUUUUCGAAAAGAACUUGCACUCUGAGAAACAAAGCUGGAGAUUUGCCAAGGAUAUCAAAGGUUACGGUACACAAGUUGUAUAGGUCCCAAUUGGAUAAUAUCAUGAUAUGAGUACAGAGUUCAGAUUUGUAGUUGAUAAUCCACCACUUCAGGUAUUCUCCGGGUCCAACGUAGAAGCUUCCGAAGAAGAAAAGGAAGCCAUGGAAGCCUCACGUCAAGGAGCUAAAAUCCAGACACAACUCAUCACACCAUCAGCACAGACCUAAACACACUCUAAAUCUUUUCAAAAGCAGUAUAAAACUAGCUGGUAAUCCAUAAUUAAAUUAUAUUAAACCUAUCCCUCUGUUUACCCUUCCAGUCAGCUCGGU